GUGUGCAGCUGGCCUGAGGCACCGCAGCGUGCUUCGAAUGCCCCUUCCUAUGACAUUCAAGCUUCAUGGAGUGGGAUCUUGGGCAGUACUGCGCGGUGGGGAGCUGUGGUCGUUGAAUGUCCCACAGUCUCCGAGGGGUCAGCUCGCAGCAGUGUCCUUGGACAGCGGAUGGACUUCCCUCUUUCCUUCCCAGUUCCUGAGGCGACAGCAGGUUCUUCAGUUAUACAGGAAGAUCCUCAGGGCUAUCCGUGAGGUCCCUGCUGAAGCAGAUCGCCGCUAUUUAAAGGAUUGGGCCAGGGAGGAUUUCAGGAGAAAUAAAGAUGCUACAGAUGAGGAUGCCAUCAGGAUGAUGAUCACUCAAGGCAACAUGCAACUUCAGGAACUUCAAAGAACACUUAAGCUGGCAAAAUCCUGAUCUUAAGUUUGUUUACAGCUGGACUUUCAGCUGCUGCAAACAAGGAUAGUAUUUCUUCCAGAACAUGGUUACAGUAGCAGCCUUUGCUGGCAACCUGGUAAUGCCUGAAGGUGGAAUCUACAUGGUGGUGGUUUUGUUUAUUCCUCUUCCUCAUCUCGGUUUGGCUACCCUCCCAUGUGGAAAUCACUGAGACACAAAAGGAUUUUAAAGGCCUGAAUGGAUGAUGUAGCAUGUGCUGUGGGAAAAGCAGAAAGCACCAAGAACUACAGCAGCAGUGUUACACCAGGGAAAUGGCAAAUGCAUGUAAGACAGAUUAUUUUGUC